CUGUUUUCCCUUCGUCCUUAAACACCUGUACUUGUAACCCAAAAAAGAUCGCAAUGGUCCACCAGAUCACUAUCGAGCCCCUCGCCAUCGACAACUUCAAGCCGUACGGCGAUGUCAUCCAGCUCGAGGGCAAUUCCAACAUUAUCAUUGCCAACCAGGGCACCGCCAAGCGUGUCAACUACGUGGCCAAGCUCGAGAACCUGCGCGAGGGCACCGCCCCGGCCAUCCCCAAUGGCAAGCCCAACAUGUGCAUCUUCAGCUCGUCGCCGCGCCCCACCAUCGGCGGCCGCUUCGAGGUCAAGCUGCUGGAGCGCCACCCGUACAGCUCCCAGGUGUUCAUGCCGAUCAUGCAGGCCGGCAACAGCAGCAUCAACCCCGACGAGCCCAGCUACCUGGUCAUUGUCGCCGAGAACGGCCCUGAUGACAAGCCCCUGCUCAACACUGUGCGUGCGUUCGCUGCGAGCUCGACCCAGGGCAUCAACUACAAGGCCAACUCAUGGCACAGCCCCAUGGUUUGCAUUGGCCAGCGCGUCGACUUCCUGGUGCUCGUGUGGGAAAACAAGGUCCCACUGCACGAUUGCGAGGAGGCGCCGAUCGAGUCGGUCCUGGUUGACCUGACCCCGUCGUUCAAGAACCUGAGCGGCGGCAAGCUCUAACCCACUAGCAUUCCAAUAAAUCUACCUUGCGUACCAUCAGGCUGCUGACAUGCUUGCUAUAUAUCAGCUGCGUGGCAUCUUGUCUCCCCCAGCCCGUAUGUGACAAGGAC